UUGCAACUCGCAGCCACAGUUGGCAUAUAGGAAGCGAACGUUGAAAACUAAAGAGGCAAAGCUUUUCAAUUUCACAGAGAGACGGAACACUUGUUCAGCCCCAUACAUAGAGAAGCUGAGAAAACUAAGAUUUUUCCCACCUUUUUUUGACAGAGAUUUCUGUUGCAAACAAGGAGAAAAAGUUCAACUUCAAAGCAUUAAAAACAUCUUAGAUUCUUACGUCUCAGAAUACCACUCUCAACUCACAGGGUGCCGAAAAAAUUCAGGAAGUUUUGAAUACCAUGUUUUAUGUUUCUAAGCUGUUUGUAUUUGGUGACAAGUGAUGAAUAUUCUCAAUACUCAGCUCAGGAACUCUGUGAGUGAAUUAUGUUGGUUUAUUAAUGGGCUGCUAUUGGUCAAAGAAAGCUAAAACGCCUGGCUAUGAGGACCCUGCAGUUCUUGCUGCUGAAACACCCUUUACAGUGAAUGAAGUAGAAGCCCUGUAUGAGCUUUUUAAGAAACUGAGCAGUUCAUUAUUUGAUGAUGGGCUUAUCCACAAGGAAGAAUUUCAGCUUGCACUCUUCAAAAACAAAGAUAAGAGGAAUCUUUUUGCUGACAGGAUUUUUGACGUAUUUGAUGUCAAGCGCAAUGGGGUUAUUGAGUUUGGAGAAUUUGUUCGAUCAUUGGGUGUCUUUCACCCUAAUGCACCUGUAGAAGACAAAACUGCAUUUGCAUUUAGACUCUAUGAUCUGAGACAAACAGGGUACAUUGAACGGGAGGAGUUGAAGGAGAUGGUGCUGGCACUUUUGCAUGAAUCAGAACUUGUACUCUCGGAUGAUGUGAUCGAAGUGAUUGUGGAUAAGACAUAUAGUGAAGCAGAUAAGAAAGGGGAUGGACGUAUUGAUCAAGAAGAGUGGAGGGAAUUUGUGUUGAAGCAUCCAUCUUUGAUAAAGAAUAUGACUCUACCAUAUCUAAAGGAUAUAACAUUAGCUUUUCCUAGCUUUGUGAUGAGCUCUGAAGUUGAAGAUUCAGAAAUAUGAGAGGAUUACAUCAAGAGGUUAUUAACAAUUUCAUGUGCCAAGAUGGUGAUUAUUUUGAAUACGUUUCAAUGAAGCCAUGAAAAAUGAUAUCCAUGGUGACACUUGAGGUAACACCAGUUUAAGACGAAGCCAUGAAGCACAGCUGACAAAUAAAGUCAUUCAGAAUCUCAACUGGUUCUUCAAAUCCAGGGUUGGCACAGAUAAGUGUAUACGUGCGUCCGUAUGUGUGCAUAUCAAGUUGUCAUUUGAAUCCCUUUUUCUUUCUUCUCCUUUUGUAAUGCUUCUCCAACAUCAGGAAUUCUGUGAUAAGAUAUUCCACAGGGUUUAUAUAUAUGCAAGUCGAUCUUUUUAUAUGACACUGGAUUGUUCUAAUCAGUCAUUUCCAAGAUAAGCGAAGUCAAUAAUUUUAAAUA